CCAGACAGACGCUCACAACUUCUACAUCAGGACCAGCCGGUGGACGGAUUUUUGGAUACGCUGUUGAAACUAUUUGUGAAUACAUUUGACUUCGGCUUUUAUGGAGUGAUCCCUUUUAAACAAUCUCAACACUUUCAGAAUAUUUACUUACAUUGCUCGGAACGUUCUAUCAAGGUAAAAGACAAUCAUAUUUCAAGUCUCAAAAUGACUCCUCUUUUUGCUUUGUUCGUACUUUUCCUGAGGGCUGCGGAGCCCCGACAUGUCGGCUCUGGUUACACGGCGCUGAGGACCCAGGACAGGGACGGGUUUGCACAUGCACUAGCCACGGGGACCGGAGAGUCAGAAUCUGAGGUGAAUCUGAAUCAGAUUGGAGGAGGAUAUGUCGAAUCUCUGUCGCAGGAACCAGACGCAAACACAAAGAGAGUCCCCCGGGGCGCCAAGGAUGGAAGCUCGAGAAAACGGGACCAGCAGUCUCCCCACAGCUACGGACACCCCAGACCGUAUGACCCGGACGGCUACUUUACCACGCCCAAGAGUGCACACCUGGCCGGCAACAGCACCCCAGACAGAGAUUCCAAGGGCUCGGUGCUGCUCCACAACCCACUCUAUCCGGUAACUGACAGCUCCUACGGGGCUUACGCAGUGAUGCUGCUGGCCCUCAUCCUAUUCGCCAUGGGCAUCGUCGGUAACCUCGCGCUCAUGUGUAUCGUUUGGCACAACUAUUACCUAAAGAGCGCGUGGAACUGCAUCCUUGCCAGCCUGGCGUUCUGGGACUUCCUCGUGCUCUUUUUCUGCUUGCCAGUGGUGGUCUUCAACGAGCUCACCAAGAGACGGUUGCUAGGGGACCUUUCAUGUCGGAUUGUGCCCUACAUGGAGGUAAAAAGUUCACAUUGAACGUCCACGUACGUGAGGACCUUUCGGCCGUGUGCAUAAAGAGAUGCAAGGAGGUGCACCUGUUGCGUCAUGCGCAAGUGUCCCGUUAUUUCUGCAUAGGAUCUAGCUCUCCUCGUUGUCCCAUUAUUGAACAGUAGGGCUAGGCCAGUCAUACACACAAGUUAUCAUAAUUUUGUAUAAAUAAAAAUGAUUAUGCCUACACAUAUAGGGACAGGUAGCUAAGGUAUAAAUAAAGAGUCUAUGACGAGAUACAAAGAACACCGAUUGUAAAAUGUCUGAUCUUUUUAGUUAUAGAUAUGGGUGAAAGGCUACUAUUCACAUAUUUUUGAGUAUGAAUACUCAGCCUGCCCCCAAUGGGGCUUCUGCCAUCAGGGCUGAAAUAGUGCACUUGCAGGAUUGAUGGUGUUAGCCCAGCUCUGGCUGUUCCACUUGUCUGGGUAUUUAUAUAUUUCAAACACAAACUAUACUUAAUCACUAUAAUGUGUGUGUUUUUUAUAGUUGCAAUGACACUAUGUGCACCACUGCCCGUGUAUAUAGCUGUCUUCAGACUGGUGCCAGACCCCUCUGUAUUAUGGUAGUUAGCCCAUUGUUAUGCUAACGAAGGCCUCACGUUAAUAGUCUGGCGGGGUGUGCUUAACUAAUUGAGGUUGUUAGGAACUCUAUCAAGGAGGGGAUCUGGGUCAGAUAGACCACUCUAAUGUUAAUCUAUAUGCUAUUUUUAACCAAGCUGAGUAGGACAUUUGUAUAUUCCUGGGGAUCUAUUCAGGGUAGUAGUGCUUCCCCCAGUCUCAGAAUCAGCAUCAUUCCCCCAGUCUCAGAACCUGCCAAAUGAACAUCUUGUAUUGAAACCAGUGUCACUGCAUCUGUCCCAUUCACUCUCCCUCUCUCCUUUCCACUGUCUUCUUCUCUCCUUCUUUGCCCUCACCCCUCUCUCCCAUCUUCACUUUGUCUUUCUGUUUCGCCUCCCUCUCUACAUCUUUCCCCCCUCUUCUUCCUUAUUUCUCCCUCUCUCAUUCUCCUACCCCUCUCCCUCCAGGUGACCUCCCUGGGAGUAGCCACGUUCAGCCUGUGUGCGUUGACCAUCGACCGGUUCCACGCAGCGACCAGCCCCCAGCCCCAGGCUCCGCGGGUGGAGCCCUGCCAGUCCAUCCUGGCCAAGCUGUCUGUGGUCUGGAUCGGCUCCAUGGUCCUGGCUGCUCCAGAGCUGUUGCUGUGGCAGCUCACCCAAGAGGUCUCCGUCCAGCCAGGGGGCUUCGUGGUGGACCUGUGUGUCCGGAGGCCCUCCCUCAGCCUGCCUGAGUCGGUCUACUCCCUGGUGCUGACGUACCACGAGGCCCGCAUGUGGUGGUACUUCGGCUGCUACUUCUGCCUGCCGCUCCUCUUCACCCUCGCCUGCCAGCUGGUGACGAGACACGUUGUCGCUGAAGAGGCACGGAAGAAACAGGGGACAACCACAGCAGUAGGAGGAAAAAGAGUACGUCCUUCCUCUUCCUCCACCUCCUCUUCAUCAUCAUCCUAUUCCGCUCCUAAGAAGCAGCAGCAGCUGAAGAGAGAGCGUAGGUUGAGUUCUACAGUCGUGGCGUUGGCCAUCGUUUACGCCGUGUGUAACCUCCCCGAGAACGUGUGUAACAUCGCCCUGGCCUACAUCGCCAACCCCGUCUCCACGACGACCGAGGCCCUGCUGGCUCUGAUUGGCCAGUUCCUGUUGUUCGUCCGUUGCUCGGCGACACCGGUGUUGUUCCUGUGUCUGUGUCGUUCCCUGGGCCAGGCCUUCAUGGACUGUUGCUGUUGCUGCUGUGAGGAGUGUCUGCCAGACGGAGCAUCUUCAUCAUCUACUUCCUCCACUACCGCCACAGCGGUCUCCUCCUCCCUCUCCUCCCCGUCAUCACCCUCGCCGUCCAACACCAAGGAGGAGAAGCUGAAGAUUGUGUCUGGGACUACACCAGCCAUCUUCUACGACAAGGCCAAAGACAGCUCCUCUCUCAUGGUCAUCGGAACACCCUGC